AUGGCUGAUGAAAUUGCAUCAGCAAUGGAGCAGGAAAUGGUGGAAGAACAGGCUAUAAAGUGCCCAAGGCCUUCAGCAAAGAGGCAAAGGAAAGGAUCUCCUGACGCCCGAGAAGAAACAGAUAAAGAACGUGUAGACGAUAGUCUUCUGCAAGAUGCACGUAGAAUCAAAGAAAACAUCAGGGUCUACAUGAACGCAACAGACAGGAACGUGAGUGCGAAGGUACAAAAGCACGUUAAUGGGAAAAUUCAGCAGUUAAUAGAUAUAAUGGAGACAAUAUAUGAUAAGAACUAUGAAAAAUCGUUUUUAGUACAACGUGUGGUAAAGGACACAUUAGCUUCCUCUGAAAUGUAUGAUAUCAUAGUAAAUGCAUUAGUGGAAAAAGCAGUACCUAUGGUUAUCGAGGGACUCAAGUCGGAAAGUAAAACCAUACAAAGACCACUGUCAGAACCUCAGACAUCUCGGGAGUUUCCAUGCGUUAAAGAACAACCGCUAUUAGCCGAUGCCCACGCUAUUAUUGAGACCACGGAGAAUGAACUUUUUGGAGGUUGUUCAAAGGUGGACAAGAAUCGACAACUGGACCAGGAGUUGUAUUAUGCGUUCGGGGAAGCUGAUGUGAAAGCUAUGAAGUUGAGACGCUUAAGCCAUGCAGAACAUCCAGGGUACCCAGGAUCAAUGAAUAAAAUAUUAACGACAAACUCAAACCCUAGAGCAAAGAGAUGA